CAGGUCACAGGGAACAUUAAAAGUUUGUCAGGUGACAGGGAACGUUACGGGUCCUCAGGUCACAGGGAAUGUUACGGGUUCUCCAGGUCACAGGGAACGUUACGGGUCCUCAGGUCACAGGGAACGUUACGGGUUCGUCACGUCACAGGGAACGUUAGGGGCCGUCAGGUCACAGGGAACGUUACAGGUUCUCCAGCUCACAGGGAACGUUAUGGGUUCUCCAGCUCACAGGGAACGUUAUGGGUUUUCCAGGUCACAGGGAACAUUACAAGUUUGUCAGGUCACAGGAAACGUUACGGGUUCUCCAGGUGACAGGGAGCGUUACAAGUUCGUCAGGUCACAGGGAACGUUACAGGUUCGUCAGGUCACAGGGAAUGUUAUGGGUUCUCCAGGUCACAGGGAACAUUACGGGUUCUCCAGCUCACAGGGAACGUUAAGGGUUUGUCAGCUCACAGGGAACGUUACGGGUUCGUCAGCUCACAGGGAACGUUAUGGGUUCUCCAGGUCACAGGGAACGUUACGGGUUCGUCAGCUCACAGGGAACGUUACGGGUUCUCCAGGUCACAGGGAACGUUAUGGGUUCUCCAGCUCACAGGGAACGUUAUGGGUUCUCCAGGUCACAGGGAACGAUAUGGGUUUGUCAGGUGACAGGGAACGUUACGGGUCCUCAGGUCACAGGAAAUGUUAUGGGUUCUCCAGGUCACAGGGAACGUUAUGGGUUUUCCAGGUCACAGGGAACAUUACAAGUUUGUCAGGUGACAGGGAACGUUACGGGUCCUCAGGUCACAGGGAAUGUUACGGGUUCUCCGGGUCACAGGGAACGUUAUGGGUUUUCCAGGUCACAGGGAACAUUACAAGUUUGUCAGGUCACAGGGAACGUUACGGGUUCUCCAGGUGACAGGGAGCGUUACAAAUUCGACAGGUCACAGGGAAUGUUACGGGUUCAUCAGGUCACAGGGAAUGUUAUGGGUUCUCCAGGUCACAGGGAACGUUACGGGUUCGUCAGGUCACAGGGAACGUUACGGGUCGUCAGGUCACAGGGAACGUUACGGGUUCGUCAGGUCACAGGGAACGUUACGGGUUCUCCAGGUCACAGGGAACGUUACGGGUUUGUCAGGUACACAGGGAACGUUACGGGUUCAUCACGUCACAGGGAACGUUACGGGUUCGUCAGGUCACAGGGAAUGUUAUGGGUUCUCCAGGUCACAGGGAAUGUUAUGGGUUCUCCAGGUCACAGGGAACGUUACGGGUUCGUCAGGUCACAGGGAAUGUUAUGGGUUCUCCAGGUCACAGGGAAUGUUAUGGGUUCUCCAGGUCACAGGGAACGUAACGGGUUCGUCAGGUCACAGGAAAUGUUAUGGGUUCUCCAGGUCACAGGGAGUGUUAUGGGUUCUCCAGGUCACAGGGAACGUUACGGGUUCGUCAGGUCACAGGGAAUGUUAUGGGUUCUCCAGGUCACAGGGAACGCUAGGGGCCGUCAGGUCACAGGGAAUGUUAUGGGUUCUCCAGGUCACAGGGAACGUUAGGGGCCGUCAGAUCGGAGUCAGUCAGUCCAUGGUGACAGUGAAUGAGACCUUGGCCCGUGUGUUGAACAUCUUGGUUCCUUGAUGUGAGGCUAUUGGAUCUGUGAGAUGUCUGUAGCUUCUGAGGUCUGAUGGACUCCGUCCAGGUGUCAGUCACAUCACCCAGCAGCAGCAACCGUCAGGAGACGACAGGCAGAAGCUGUCCUCCGACAGGCGCCCGGUCGUGGCUGCGGCAGCGUGGGAUUAUCUGGAGCAUGUGAUGUGUUCCUGCCUCUGCUCUGCCUCCGUUCACCUUCUCCUCUGGGAGCGUGUGACUGAACGUCUGGACUCUCCACAGCUGAGAGUCGGCUGAUGACUCAUAGAUACAUUGAUUUGCUGAUUCAUUCAUUAAAUCCUGCAAACGUGCUACAACCACGUCUGUGAUGUUCUGCACAUGAAUGAAAAACAAAGUAAAGACAGUGAAGAUGUGAUGACACAACCCAGAGCAGACUGUUAGCAGGUUCCCUGAUGCUGAUAGGUCAUAUGGCAAAUCACUUUUCGUCUUGUUUGUUGAAAUCCUCGUGAUACAAGUUUGCAGUAAAGGUUUUAGCUUCUUCCUGCGUAUAAGACAUUAGCUUAACUUAAUGAAAGAGGCCUUUUCCUUUGCUGCUGCAUUUUGGAUCUCCACAUGUUCAGCUCGUCCGACACUAAAUUACACAGGGUGUGACUUUUGAAAGUGUGACUGAUUAGGAAACAUCAUAAUUGUAUUGCAUUUCCCACGAAGAUCAUUCAUCACGUUACACCUCAUUCACAAUUCAAUGCACAGUCUAGACCUGGGUAAUUGGGUGUAUGUGGAGCUGAUUCCAGCUAUUAACCAUCUGUGCCUCUUUCCUUUCCCUGUACCCCCCCCCCCCCACCAAC